AAGGUGACUGCGAAACAAAAUACAAAUCAUUCAGUUGGUGAUCAUACUUUGAGGAGAAUAUACGCAACGCACACCAGCCUCGUUGAUUUUCAAAGUUCGUGCGAAAUUGUGCUCUUGAAAUUUUAAAAUAGAUAUUGAAUAAUAUAUCAACUUUUCCAUAAAAUGGACAUAUACCAGGUGACGGGUUUGAAGAAACCAGAAUUUGUUGAGCACAUCGAAAAAUACGGUGAUUUGGAUGAACCUACUAAAGAACUGAUACAAGCAGCGAUUGCAGUCCAGAAGCACGCCUAUGUACAAUACAGUAACUUCUACGUUGGUGCUGCUUUCCGCACGAAAGACAAUCGCAUCUUUGCAGGUUGUAAUAUUGAAAACGCCAGUUUCACGCCCACAUCGUGUGCUGAACGCACCGCCAUCAGCAAAGCCGUUUCUGAGGGAUACCUCGAGUUUGUUGCAGGUGCAGUGGUCGCUUAUCAAGAGGACGCCUUCACAACGCCGUGUGGCGUGUGUCGACAAUUUAUAAUGGAGUUUGCGCCUAACGAUAUACCACUAUUCAUUACAAAAUCGCAAGUCAAUGUUGCGAAGUCUGACGAAGAUCUGGUGCUGUCGACAUCCAUCUAUAAUCUGCUGCCUCAUGGAUUUCGCACGUAUAAAAAGAAUUGAUUAAUUACAUAAUGGAAAGGCAAAUAUUUUAAUCAAUAGUUACUCUUUAAUCAUAUCAAACUAUGGACCUCACUUAUACCGUUAUUGCUGGCAAUAAUAAUGGUUUAAUGUAUACAUAUGUACAUAUGUAUGUAUGUAUGUAUAUUUAUUAGAAACUGGCAAUAGCAAAUAGUUUAGAUGAAGUGUGAUUUUGUACUAAUCAUAAAUACACAUAAAUGUUUAAUUUUAUUUAAAAUUGUGUGCAUAUUAUAUGUAUAUACAGAUGUAUAUUGUGCCCAAUAUUAAUUUUGACUCGUUUGUAUUUUUUUUAUAGAAAUAGUAGCAAUAUUUUCAGCUAUCAAGAAAGCGGGUUAAAGAGCAAAAUUCUGAAAAACCAUGACUUUCACUCACUUGAAUGCAAUUCGUUUUAUCUCUGAUGAAAGGCGAUAAGCCUUGCAAAUUUAAUAACUUGAAAACCUUGAACCCCAACGGGUUUUAGUGGUUUUAAAUUUCGUAAUCUUUAUCUAAACUUCGAAAAUAAGAUUGGUGCCAAAUUAAACAACUUUUUGUACAAUUAAAAUUUUUUGCACAGUAGUGCAUUAUGCUUGCCUACAUGAAUAUCUAUUAUAUUGAGCAGGCUCUAAAAUUUUCUUCAAACGAUUUGGAGCAUAAAAUUAUGCUAAAAACUAUUAUACGAAAAGACUUUUUCGCCUACCCAAUAUUUGUUCAUAACAGAAAAAUAUCGAAAUCAUUAUUUUACAAUACUAUUAAAAGAAAUGAUACUAAAAAACUAUUUUCAGUUCAAUUGAACAUUCAUAGGUUCAUGUUAUCGCCGGUUACCUGUAAAUUAUAAACAAUGUUAUCAUUCAGAGUCAUUAAUUUACAUACUUCAAUGUGAAAUAACUUGGAUAUCACAGCUAUUGUGGUUUUUAUGAUUAACAUACAAACAAGAAGCACGGAUCUUAAUAACAUAUUUUUACUAGCUUAAAUUUGUAAACAUAAAACUUCAACUUAGCAUAUUCAGAUUAUUAUAUAAUUGCAUGGACGUACGGCAAACAUGCGAGUGCAAAAGCUCUUUUAUAAGCAGCAAUAAAAUACUAAAAGUAACAACAAAUAAACAAUAAAUUUGUAUAUAAGUGUAUAA